UUCUCCUUUGCUGGCAUCAGUUUCUGUUCUGUUUCCAUGAUCUUUCACUUGUUGCCUUAUAUCUCCUAAAUUUAUAGUAUUUCUUUUUUGUUUGAAGUCUGGGUUUCUCUUAUUUCUUUCCCAAAGAUAAGAUCUGGGUUUCAAACAGGAUUGCAUAAAUCAUGUGUUAUGGUCGAAAAUUUGAGUACUUGGAUGGAUUUAGGUUUUGGGUUAAGCAUGAGUUAGUUGUAGAAUUAUGCCUGAGAAGAGCACGGUGGAGAAUGUUCUGAAUGAUUUGGUGGAAACCAUAGCCGAGAGCGUUCAGAAGAAGAACAACAAUGGAUCCUUUUUCGAACAGGAAGCAACAGUCUCUUCUCGAUUGAACCGGCUGUUCGGUCGUCAGGAACCGAUCCAUCAUGUCUUAGGGGGUGGAAUAUCUGCUGAUGUACUGUUGUGGAGGAACAAGAAGAUUUCAGUGAGUGUCCUCAUCGGAGCAACUGCUGUCUGGGUGCUCUUCGAAUGGAUCAAUUUCCAUUUUCUGACUCUCGUAUGUUUCGCCCUCAUGCUCGGUAUGGUUGCUCAGUUUAUCUGGUGCAAUGCCUCGGGGUUUCUGAACCGCUCAUCGUCUAAAGUGCCUCGGCUUGUUCUCCCAGAGGAGUUCUUUGUGAAUCUUGGCAUGACUAUUGGAACCGAGGUCAACCGUGGUUUGACAUUUCUUCAGGGCGUAGCUUGCAGAGGGAACUUGAAGCAAUUCCUUAUGGCCUUUGGUGGAUUGUGGGCAGCCGCAAUCAUAGGGAGCUGGUGCAAUUUUCUGACUGUUUUAUACGUCGGCUUUGUGGCGGCUCAUACAUUGCCAGUGAUGUAUGAGAGAUAUGAAGAUGAAGUGGACGGGUUCGCGUAUAAUCUUCUCGGGAGAUUUCAGAAUCAUUACAAGAGACUUGACUCCGGUUUCUUCAGCAGAAUCCCCAGGGGAAAGAAGCAUGACUAAGUAGUGUUUUCUUCAUGAACUCUUUCCAUGCCUUUAGACUGUAUUCUGCAUGGAGUGAAUGUGGCUUUGAAGAACCCAUAAAAUAAAAUAAAUAAAUUCUUGAUUUUUAUUGGCGACUUUUAUUGAAAUGGGUUUUCUUUUUCUUUAA